GCCCUUCGCGACCCUCUCCCGUAUCAUUUCCGUCCAUCCGCUCUCCCUAUCUGCUCGUCGCUUUCGUCUCCCGCCCUCGCUUGUAUGGAUAUUCGCAUCACCACCAUCACCACCACCACCACCACCACCAUCAUCAUCAUCGACCCCACCCUCAUCAGCGCAUCCCCCUUUUCCCGAGCAUCAUCAUUCGCACCUCGAUAUACAACUAUUCCUUACAUUAUUGGUGAUAGCCGCUCCCUCCACCCCUCCAUACCCCUCGUCCAAAUCAAGCCGAAGACCCACUGUAUCAUAUAUACCCCGUGGAGUGUUUACCCCCUCGUUAUCCACAGGCUCCUUGUUUUUUUGUUGUUGUUGUUGUCCUCGUUCCCCCGUUCGUUCGAUCCUCUUGGUGGGCCACAUCUCUCGAGCAAUAAUGCAGCGCGCGACGGCGUGUAGAUAGUUCUGUACAUUCGUUACCCCGAGCAGCCGCCCCGCGAAGCACUGUAAUGCCAAAGCACUCUCUCGCUCUGUCUGUCCGUCCGUCCGUCCGUCCGUGCUACAGUACAAGUGAUCUCCGUUCUCGCACGCACGCCCCGCGAAGCCAUCCCCGCCUCGUGGUCGAAGGCGCGAGCGAGAGGCGACAUCGAAUCUCCUCGGACACGACGCGAUCGAACGGACGUCAUUUGAGAGUGACGCCCAACCCGAUCGACCGACCGCGUGCAUUGCACGUACGUACAGACAGCCGCCAUGUACGCGACUGAGACCUCCUGCCAGUGCGCGAGGCCGAGUGCGCGUCUCAGUCUCACGAGACAGCGCGUCCCCGCCACCUGCCAGAUCGCCCCCUAUCUCGAUCCCCCGACUGGACAGACGACACGCACAGCGCACCAUAUAAGUACGCAAACCCCGGUGGUGCCGCCUUUCGCGCGCGCCCGCGCCCGUUCCGAGGACGGCCACACUGCAUCAGCUGCCGCGGUCCAUCCGCACGCACACACGCACGCACGCACGCACGCACGCAGCGGCAAACGCAGUGCCACUGGAGCAGUGUCGGUCUGUGCGCGGCACCCAGAAGCAGCGUCACCGGGGGCGGGGAGGGGCGAAGCGCGCGCGCUAGCGCGACGUCUCGGGCACAGCGGGGACGAAAGGAGAUCGGGAAUCGCGGAUGCGCGGGGGGGCGCUGCGCGCUGCGGCUUUCCGGCGUGGGCGCGGGGGCACCUGGCCAGGAGGGCUUGAUCAGAGGGCUCUCGUUCGGCGCGCGCCGGCGUGCGGGGCCCGACGAUGCGGGACGGGCGAGGAGCCCCCGCGCGUGGAGGAAUGGCUUGGCUGGGCUGGGACGGGGGCACGC